AUGGCACAGCAAGGAAAUGUUGGUGAGCUCCUCUCAAUGCUGGAUUCUCCAAUUCUGGGCGUCCUGGAAGAUAUAACAGCUGCAUUCAAAGAUAAUCUCAUUUGUGACCGUGGGCCUAUGCUUGUGAACAACCUGGUGGAGUAUUACUUGGAAACCAAUUCUCAGCAGGCACUGCAUAUAUUGUCCACACUGCAAGAGCCUCAUGACAAGCAUCUACUGGAUAAAAUUAAUGAAUACAUGGGCAAAGCUGCUACCCGUUUACCCACCCUCUCGCUGCUGGGACAUGUGAUAAGACGACAACCAUCUUGGAAACAUAAGCUUUCUCAAGCACCUCUUCUACUUUCAUUACUUAAAUGUCUCAAGACUGACACAGAUGUAGUAGUACUCACCACAGGUGUCCUAGUGCUAAUAACCAUGUUGCCAAUGAUUCCUCAGUCUGGCAAACAGUAUCUUCAUGAUUUCUUUGGUAUCUUUGGGCGUCUCUCAGCCUGGUGCUUGCAGAAUCCAGGUCAUGUGGCAGAGAUUUACCUUGUCCAUCUUCAUGCCAGUGUUUAUGCUCUUUUUCAUCGUCUCUAUGGAAUGUAUCCUUGCAAUUUUGUCUCCUUUCUGCGUUCUCACUACAGUAUGAAGGAAAACUUGGGGACCUUUGAAGAGGUGGUCAAGCCAAUGAUGGAACAUGUGCGAAUUCAUCCAGAAUUAGUGACUGGAUCUAAGGACCAUGAACUGGACCCACGAAGGUGGAAAAGACUAGAAACUCAUGAUGUUGUGAUAGAAUGUGCCAAAAUCUCCCUGGACCCUGCAGAAGCCUCCUAUGAAGAUGGUUAUUACUCUGUGUCUCGGAAACUCUGCACAAGCUUAAAACAUCAUCAAACUGACCCCAGUUCCAGCUGUUACAUUGACACACAGGGCAGCUAUGGGACUUCCACCCCCUAUUCCACUCCUCGUCUAACACUAUCACAAAUGUCAGGGCAGCUACCUCAAAUUCUGAGCCCACAGGCCAUGCAGCUGUCAGCUGAGCCACAGCAGGUUACCAUCUGGAGUCCUUCUGCAGUUUGUGGUAUGACCACUCCACCCACCUCUCCUGGAAUUGUCCCAUCAGAGUCAUCCCAGUCUGCAUCACAACCUUACAGCAAAGCUUUUGGCACAUCUGGAGGAGGGAAAGGAACACCUCUGGGAACACCAGCCACAUCUCCUCCACCCUGCACUUCAGAUGACUUUGUGCAUGUUUCACUCCCUUCAGCUGCUCCCACGCCUCCUAAAAAGGAGGACAAACCAGACCUUGGGAGGCCUUUACUGUACCGACAGCAAAAUGUCAUUAACAGCGAUAAAUCAUUGGACACACCUGGUAGUAAAAGUUCAGUAACCUUAAGUGAUCUUCCGGAGUUUUUAGGUGGUUUGUCUUUUGAAGAUAGUGCUGAAAAGGACAGGGAGGAAGAUGCAAUAUCUAAAGAGAUCUCUGAGAUCACAACUGAUGCUGAACCCGUGGUGCCUAGAGGAGGAUUUGACUCUCCAUUUUAUCGCACAAACGAAAGUCUGUCAGGCUCUCAAAAGAAGACCCAUUCAGUAGUGUCUGGUGUUCAGGGACACAGUCAGACCUCUGAGCCUUUAACGUCUUCUCUGGACAAGCCUGGGCCUGAGAGCGCACGGGAAACACCCAAACAAACAUUUACUCCCAUAGACAAGCCCUGUGGAGGCUCUGGUGAAAGCCCUGCUGGUAACAGGGAAGGAACCUCUGGGGAGACAAGUAUUCUCACUCCCAGCCCUUGCAAAGUACCAGCACAAAGAAGAGUGGGGUUUGGGAGUGGGCAGCCUCCCCUCUACGAGCACCUUUUUGAGGUUGCAUUACCAAAGACUGCCUACCUCUUUGUUGGCAAGAAGACUGAGGAGCUGCUAAAGAAAGCCAAGGGAACCCAGGAUGAUGACUGCAUGUCCUCUACUUCUCCUGUGGAAGUACUGGACAGACUGAUACAGCAAGGAGCAGAUGCACACACGAAGGAGCUGAACAAAUUGUCUCUGCCAAGCAAAUCUGCUGACUGGACUCACUUUGGAGGUUCUCCCCCUUCAGAUGAGAUUCACACCCUACGUAACCAGCUGCUGUUGCUGCACAACCAGCUGCUGUACGAGCGCUUCAAGAGGCAGCAGCACGCUCUGCGGAACCGCCGGCUUUUGCGGAAAGUGGUGAAAGCAACAGCUCUGGAGGAGCACAAUGCUGCCAUGAAAGAUCAGCUGAAACUACAGGAAAAAGAAAUCCAGGCCUUGAAACUGAGUCUUCAGAAAGAACAGGCAAGGUACCACCAGUUUCAGGAGGAACAUGAAAACAUUGUAGCUCAGCUUCACAACCAGAUCAGACAGCUGCAGCACGACCGGGAGGAAUUCUACAACCAGAGCCAGGAAUUGCAGACCAAGCUGGAAGACUGCCGGAAUAUGAUUGCAGAUCUGAGGUUAGAAUUAAAGAAGGCUAACAACAAGGUGUGUCACACUGAAUUGCUGCUUAGCCAAGUUUCUCAAAAGCUUUCCAACAGUGAAUCAGUGCAACAACAGAUGGAGUUCUUGAACAGGCAGCUUCUGGUUCUUGGAGAGGUCAACGAGUUGUACCUGGAGCAGCUGCAGCACAAGCACACAGACACUACAAAGGAGGUUGAAAUGUUGCACGCUGCUUUUCGGAAAGAACUGGAGAAAGCAAAACUGUGUGUCCAACAGCAAAGCCAAAGGCUUGAUGCUUCCCAGAAACGGAUAGCUGAACUGGAAUCUCAGCUUGCUAAGAAGGACCACCUCUUCCUGGAGCAAAAGAAAUACCUGGAAGAUGUCAAAAUCCAAGCAAGAGGUCAGCUGCAAGCAGUAGAAAGUAGGUACAAGGCCCAGAAAAGAAUCACACAGGCAUUUGAGCUGGAGAUCUUGGAUCUGUUUGGGCGGCUGGAGAAGAGCAGCCUGCUGAAAAAACUUGAAGAUGAGAAAACAGAAGCAGCUGAAGCAGCAGAAGAAAGGCUGGAUUGUUGUAAUGAAGAUACUGUGGCUGGAUAUAGUGAAGAAACAAUUGGUAGAAAUGGAGAGACCAAACCUCCCAGCACUCGAGGUAGCAGUAGCAGUAAGGGUGGUAGCAGCAGUGAGCUCUCCACCCCAGAAAAACCCCAGAACCAGAGAUUCAGCAGUCGCUGGGAAACAUCCGUGUUGCUGGAGCCCUCGACUACUGUCCCACUGACUGUAGGUUCACUCCCCAGCUCCAAGAGCUUCCUUGGAAUGAAGGCACGAGAAUUAUUUCGCAACAAGAGCGAGAGCCAGUGUGAUGAGGAGGGUGUGACCAUCAACAGGCUUUCUGAUGCUGGAAAGACUGAACUAUGUAAAGAUCCAAGCAUGGAGACAAAGGCCCCUACAAGCCCCGACCACCUUAGCCUGUCGCCUAAGCUGCAGGAAAGCAGUGUUGGACAGCUUCAUAUCAUGGACUACAAUGAAACUCAUCAUGACCACAGUUAA